CAUUCCCUCCGGGCCGUCAUGUGUUCGUUCAGAGCACCUUUACACACGCUUACAGUCUCACACCUCGAACAGUUGGUAUCCUUACAGGCCAAAGGAAGGACGUUCGGGCUCUGCGUCCUGCGCAGGAUCAAUAAGCCGAUGUGCAUCAUCAUGUGCCUUAAUUAAGGAUGUUAGACUUCAGGAUUAUCACUGAAAGAUCUUGUAAAGGAAACGGAUCUCGAGAUGUGGAGAGCGCAAUUGCUUGUGUUCCUGGGGCUUUCAUCCCUAGCAGCUGCAUGGGACACCAACUUCAAGGCCCUGAAUUGCUACGUAGACAAGAGCUCUAGCAUGGGCAUAAGCGCCCUCGUCGAGACGAGGAUGCCCAUGAGCAUGGACAAUUUCAUCUCCCUGGUCGAGAAAUACGAGAGACAGCAUACCAUGGAGGCUCCUGGCCGCAUUGCGGAUGCGCUGAUCUCCAGAUACAGAAAAGAUGGCAUGGUUUACGACCCAGAACAGCUCACAGCGUACAUGUUCCAGCCCAAGGAGACAUUCGAAGUCGACAAGCAAGAUAUCAUCAGGAAUCUGCUCAGCAACUCUUACCAGGUUCCAGUGGACACAUUCGACCACAGGGAGGAGUGUUCCCUACACUUCAUGUCGUCCCACAGCACCGACACCUACCCUCAUUCUGGAAUCAACGAGUUCUGGCAAAACAGCGGAAGGUAUCGCAGAGACUUGCUUAGCACAAACGACACAGACCUUGGCAAGAGCACCUUAGUGUUCCCUGAAAUAGUCGAAGUUGAUAAUUUUACAACCUCUACUGUUACUACAACCAUUCCAUCACUCAAUACCACAAGCAACACACCAAACAAAUUCACAUAUGAAACAGAUGUUCCAAUAUCAACAAGCCCCAAAACUAGGCCUACAACGACUGCACCAACCUAUGGGACUACAGCUAGCACUAGCCGAGUUACUCCCAGUCUACUUAGAGCCGGGAGAUUCCUGUCCCGUCCAAGAGGGAGCCAGCGUCUUAGCUCCUACUCCCAGCCAGCGGGCACAGAACCAGCGACCCACCCCAUUGAGAACGGCGUGAUUCUUUCGUCAUCAGGACCUAUCGCUCUUGGGACCCUUCUGGCAGGCAUCUCAACCACGCUGAGCGGAAGCGAACAGACUAUAGCUUCGGUCUUGGGAGAAAACGUCGUCAGCUACAUGCCUGAUGAGAUGAAGGCCAAAAGACUUAAUCCUCUUUACGUGGCCACGUUGGCUGGUGACAUCGGCCAGACGGCACUCAAGGCCAGCAAUAGCCCGUCUAGGGUCAAGGCCUUUUUGGGCCCACGUGGCAAGUUCUCAAACAGCACGGCUGCCCCGAAGCUCUUCACUCUGGAAGAAGGAAAUGAUGGACUUAUAAUCUACCUCACUCGCUCGGAAAUUUUUGCAGGAAUUGAUGCUAUGCUCAUUACGCAGUACAUGAAUUCAGCGUCGUCCUCGAGGGUGAAGUUAUCCCAGAUCUUGAGGAUGUAUUACUCGGACAGAGGACUCCCUAACCUUCCCACCUACAAGGCCUGCAACAGAAUGGACGCCUACAAUACCAUUCGAGACGACACCAAAACCAAGGAACAGGUCCUGAACUUCAUGUACGCGUACUCCAACUACGACUCGUUCGCGCGUCAGUACAUCGACGAAAGCAGCGACGAUUUUGACAGCAUCCAGCGCCACUUCACCGACGCUCUCACGGACGCCUGGAGCGCUUUCUCCAGCUUCGUAGGUAACUACAACUACGAUGACUAUGACAGAUGUCCCACUUAUAAAGACAAUACCAAGUGUGAGACUACUACAGAUUUGGUCGUCGUUUACAACAGGGAAGGAGGAGUACAGGACAGCCAGGCCCAGAGGGAAUACAUCACGCUGUUGGCUCAGAAGAUUGGUGUGGGUCAGGACAGGUCUCGCCUCGGGGUCAUAGAUGCUCGUAAUGCCGAAUGGCUUAUGCCCGUCACCAACGUGUCCAAUGUAGCUGACCUGGGUGCCAACUUCACCUUGAACUCUCAGCAAUUUGGCAGUGGAGGUUCCAGUGCUGAUGUGAUGAGGAUUCUGGAGACACUCAGUAACUACUACUUUGACUUCUAUAACCUUUCUCUCAGCUCUGGACAAAACGCAACUGCUAAUUCACAGGUCGUUGUCUGGAAUGUACCCAGAACCGCUCCGGACUUUAACGAUGAUAAUAAUCUGAAGAUUCUCAGGGAUUUCAACCUGUCUUUCCCAGAUGUUUACUUCCUGCUUGUGGGAAACAACCAGGCCGACUAUGCGAACGUGUUGCACGACAAAGAGAAGGACUUCUUCAAGAUAAACCUCCAAAACCCGGAGGAAACAGCGGACAAGAUCGCUGAGCGCGUCUGUCAGAUUCCCAAGGUAUUCUUCUACCCAGCCUGCAACACCGACCUGCCGCAGUACACAGACUACCGCGAGGACACCCACGUCUUCAAGGGCUAUGUCACCCCGAACUUCACCACCUACGCCAGAAUCGCUCCCCAGAACUUCAAGUAUUCUUACCACGUGACACUCACUCUGCAGAGUCAGGACGUGAAAGUGUGCGCAAGCAGAGUCAGCAUGAACCUGGAUAGUACGGCGAGUGACAUCCAGUGCCAAGAGGCAGCCAACGGGAUUUUCGAGUGGCACGAACUCUGCACGGACAGCAACCUGACGCUGUGCCAUCCCAUCUACCUGUCCAUCUCCGGCACGCCUACGGGCAACGUCCGCUGCGAUGCCAACGACUGCGAAUUCCCCAACCAAGUAGAGUACAAGAUCGGUCACGAAGGAAUCGUGUGCGGUGCAGCAUCCUUCAGGAUCUCCCUCCUGUUGUUGGCCAUCUUGGCACUCCUUCACUACUACCUAGUCUAAGGCAUCCACUCCUUCGUCUGCGUGUUGAUCAGCAGAAAAAGGGCCGCCUUCAUUAGCUCGACAUUAGGAUUAGCAGGGUCUUCGGAAGGUUGUGUGCUUGUGUCAUUGGAAAUUUCGUCCGUUUUCUUUCGUAGGAAAACGGAAUUUUGAUACAUUAAUAAAUAAACGGGCAACUUUGAUAACUUAGAUAAUUUGAUGGUUGUGUUGAAAAGUGAUUCUUCAUUCUGUUCUAACUUGAAGAACGCGAAUCAUAAUUAAAUAUGUAAAUAGAUAAAUGGGUCACCUAGUAUAGAUGGGAUUUAUGAUGCUUAUAUGUAACAAUUGUAUAUUCAAUCUAUUUUAUUCUUGAGGAAUUUAACCUAUGCUAAAUGGAAGAUAGAUGAAUAACUAUGGCAAAUUUUCGGGCAUCUGGGCAGGGGGUUAAAUUAAUUUUUUUUCGUGGGUACGGAAGGUCAAUAACCGCACAUUUAAAAAUGAAUUCAUUACUAACAGAAAUACAGAAGAGGAUGAAAUUCCAAAUAAAAUUAUCACGUCUGAGUCACAACAAUUCGACUUCUAAUCCAACGAACGUUUGUUUACAUUCCGGAUUGUGGCAAAAUUUUGAUUCACAAAACGUGGUUACAUGUGCGGUUACACAGUGAUUGUAGAUACUUUUGUCUAUAUAAUAUAUAUAUAUAUAUAUAUAUAUAUAUAUAUAUAUAUAUAUAUAUAUAUAUAUAUAUGUAUAUAUAUGGUCGACUUGGUCUGCCUAUUGAAUGUUCAGAUCUCAGUUCCCGUAUAUAUUUUGGAGGCCCACGUACGUGCGUUGAUGACUACCUGAUUUUUUCCAUAAUAGCAAAGAAGUUCCUAUACUUAAAUUACUAUGUUAGUUAUAUCGUUUACCUCUACGUAGUUUUUAUUUCUUUAUUAAAGUCACAAGCGACAUUUUAGAGGGACCUGCACUUUGAGAGUUUGAUGUCACAAAAAAGCUUGUGCUUAAUGAUUUAGGUUAGAGGAGAGCAGCUUUCCCUGUAACAUGUUUUAAAUUAAGAAGAGUUAUUUAAUGUUAUACAUGCCUAAUCAAAUAGAGUUGCCGCUUUUAGUAUUUAUUUUUUUAGAUGCUGGAUUUUUAUACGAGUAUAAAGCUACUAUUUCAAGUACUAUAAUCGCUUCCACUGAAAGGACUUGAGAGUUUUGAAGAGGCACAUUCAUUGUAUUUUGACCUUAGCUCUUCCAAAGAUUUUUGUGGGUCU